AUGAAUGCCUACCCCAAGGAGAUGGUGCCUCUCAUGGGCAGGAGAGUCGCUGCCCCCGGUGGGAAUCCUGCCGUCCUGACAGAGAAGAGGCCGGCGGAGACCACCCCCACAAAGAAGAGUGCGCACUUCUUCCUGGAGAUAGAGGGGUUCGAGCCCAACCCCACAGUGGCCAAGACCUCUCCCCCUGUCUUCUCCAAGCCCAUGGACUCCAACAUCCGGCAGUGCAUCUCUGGCAACUGUGAUGACAUGGACUCCCCCCAGUCUCCUCAGGAUGAUGUGACAGAGACCCCAUCCAAUCCCAACAGCCCCAGUGCACACCUGGCGAGGGAAGAGCAGAGGAGGCGGAAGCGGCGGCUGAAGAAGCGCAUCUUCGCAGCGGUGUCCGAGGGCUGCGUGGACGAGCUGCUGGAGCUGCUGGCAGAGCUGCAGGAGCUUUGCAGGCGGCGCCGCGACCACGACGUGCCUGACUUCCUCAUGCACAAGCUGACGGCCUCAGACACGGGGAAGACCUGCCUGAUGAAGGCCUUGUUAAACAUCAACCCCAACACCAAGGAGAUUGUGCGGAUCCUGCUUGCCUUUGCCGAAGAGAACGACAUGCUGGGCAGGCUCAUCAACGCCGAGUACACAGAGGAGGCCUACGAAGGGCAGACGGCGCUGAACAUCGCCAUCGAGCGGCGGCAGGGGGACAUCACGGCGCUGCUCAUCGCCGCCGGCGCCGACGUCAACGCCCACGCCAAGGGGGCCUUCUUCAACCCCAAGAACCAGCACGAGGGCUUCUACUUCGGCGAGACGCCCCUGGCCCUGGCGGCGUGCACCAACCAGCCCGAGAUCGUGGAGCUGCUGAUGGAGCACGAGCGCACCGACAUCGCCUCCCAGGACUCGCGGGGCAACAACAUCCUCCACGCCCUUGUGACCGUGGCCGAGGACUUCCAGACGCAGAACGACUUCGUGAAGCGCAUGUACGACACGAUCCUGCGGCGCAGCGGCAGCUGGGAGCUGGAGACCACGCGCAACAACGACGGCCUCACGCCGCUGCAGCUGGCGGCCAAGAUGGGCAAGGCAGAGAUCCUGAAGUACAUCCUGAGUCGUGAGAUCAAGGAGAAGCGGCUCCGAAGCCUGUCCAGGAAGUUCACGGACUGGGCGUAUGGACCCGUGUCGUCUUCCCUGUACGACCUCACCAACGUGGACACCACCACAGACAACUCGGUGCUGGAAAUCACUGUCUACAACACCAACAUCGACAACCGGCACGAGAUGCUGACCCUGGAGCCGCUGCACACGCUGCUGCGAAUGAAGUGGAAGAAGUUUGCCAAGUACAUGUUCUUUCUGUCCUUCUGCUUUUACUUCUUCUACAACAUCACCCUGACCCUGGUCUCGUACUACCGCCCCCGGGAGGAGGAGGCCCUCCCACACCCCUUGGCCCUGACCCACAAGAUGGGGUGGCUGCAGCUUUUGGGGAGGAUGUUUGUGCUCAUCUGGGCCACGUGCAUCUCUGUGAAAGAGGGCAUUGCCAUCUUCCUGCUGAGACCCUCAGAUCUGCAGUCCAUCCUCUCGGACGCCUGGUUUCACUUUGUCUUUUUUAUUCAAGCUGUGCUUGUGAUACUGUCUGUCUUCUUGUACUUGUUUGCCUACAAAGAGUACCUCGCCUGCCUCGUGCUGGCCAUGGCCCUGGGCUGGGCGAACAUGCUCUACUACACGCGGGGAUUCCAGUCCAUGGGCAUGUACAGCGUCAUGAUCCAGAAGGUCAUUUUGCAUGACGUUCUGAAGUUCUUGUUCGUAUAUAUCGUUUUUUUGCUUGGAUUUGGAGUAGCCCUGGCCUCACUGAUCGAGAAGUGUCCCAAAGACAACAAGGACUGCAGCUCCUAUGGCAGCUUCAGCGACGCAGUGCUGGAACUCUUCAAGCUCACCAUAGGCCUGGGCGACCUGAACAUCCAGCAGAACUCCAAGUAUCCCAUUCUCUUUCUGUUCCUGCUCAUCACCUAUGUCAUCCUCACCUUUGUUCUGCUCCUCAACAUGCUCAUUGCCUUGAUGGGAGAGACUGUGGAGAAUGUCUCCAAGGAGAGCGAGCGCAUUUGGCGCCUGCAGAGAGCCAGGACCAUCUUGGAAUUUGAGAAAAUGUUACCAGAAUGGCUGAGGAGCAGAUUCCGGAUGGGGGAGAUGUGUAAAGUGGCCGAGGAAGAUUUCCGACUGUGUUUGCGGAUCAAUGAAGUGAAGUGGACUGAAUGGAAAACACACGUCUCCUUCCUUAACGAAGACCCGGGGCCUGGGAGGCGAACAGAUUUCAACAAAAUCCACGAGUCUUCCAGGAACAACAGCAAAACCACUCUCAAUGCGUUUGAAGAAAUAGAGGAAUUCCCAGAAACGUCGGUGUAGAAGCGUCACCCACAGCUGGUGUGCACGUGGGCUGUCCGGUGCUGCAGGCGGAGUCACGGAUGUGCUGAGGCUUUGAGGAGAGGUGGAACCUGGCUCUGCUGGCCUAGACGUAGAACACACCCUCAUGCUGAGUGGGUGUCUGGACUGAAGGGCAGUUGGCGGUUUGUCUGAGUGGGAAACAUCCUAAAUUUUGUUAUUUGGCAAAAAGCUUGUGUAAACCCAUAGCCAGCCACAGUCCGGAGCCUCAGACACCCCUAAAAUUCUGGGUGAAGCCUCUGGUUUUACCAAUUGCAGGUCGGCUUGGCUGGGAGAGGUGGGUGGCAGGGAAGGGGCCUUGAGGAGCGGGGAGAGGAGGCUUUCCUCCUGCCAGCUUCCCCGUGUCAGCCCUGGCCCCAGUCCACACAUUCUACCAUCUCACAGGGUUGCCUGAAUUUGUGGGAGACCCUUGAUCCCGUCCCAGAAUGUGCGAGGGACGAGGUAAGCCAGAUAUCCUGGGAGAGGAGGGGAGUGAGCUUUGGAAAUGACCUUCGGGAACUCUUCAGGGAAAAGGAAGCCAUCCUUGGAGUGAGCAUCCCCUGAAACCCCAAGGAUCAAACUGUCUCAAAUGGAGAGAUGUUUUUAGUAGCAUAAUUGACACAGGGUUUAUGUUCAGUAUGGAAAAGACAUUUCAGUUAAGAAUGAACAUUACUACAAUGAAGUAUUGAUUUUAAAAGUGGAGACAGAUCGGGGGCUUUCGGGCUGGAUGUAAGUAUAAUAUAUCUGGCCUCAGGGUUGGCAGAGCAAGACAAAAAGCUUUUCUUCACACACACAAAAGUCUGCGUGAGAGGCGCGGGGCAGGUCCUGCCUGGCCGCCGCGAUUUGGGUGAAAGGGCCUGGCUCUUUUCCUUGUCCCCGGCCUUGCCGCAGCGCACACCCCCGCACUGGGAUCCUGGCUUCCGCAGAAGCAGAAAUAGCAGCUGCUCCGUCUCUACCAUGUUAGA